UAAGAUUCCAUCCGCUAAUCAGAUCGUGACUGCCAUGCGAAAUGCUAUUACAAUUCGGCCAUGAAAUGACCACAAAAGGAAGAGUAGCUAAGCAUUAAAGUUUUGUUCAAGCGAAUACAUGUUCUAUGACUGUGAAAUGGAAGUUGCUGCAGGUGUGAUGUGAGAUGGAUCAGUUUCUAUUUUAACAAAUGCAGUGUUUGUGUUGUUUGUGUGGUGUGCCAGACAUGGAGACGGCACGCAGGAGGGACCUACGCUAUGAGACAUGUGGCCUCGAAGAGGACACAAUGCCUCCUUCUCAGGAUGGUUUGGAGGCAGCCAUUGAAGAGAUUGGAGGAAGAAAGAAAUGGAUAUGGAUAAUUUUCUGUGUGAUCAGCAUGCCUGGAGUAUUUAACAUCUGGCACCUGACAGCGUAUGUAUUCCUGGGACAGGCAUUGCCUCAUUGGUGUGCAGUGCCAGAGUUGCAAGCUACCAAUUGGACUUCAGAACAAAUCAGAACUAUCAGCAGUCCUGGUGGAAUCUCAGGAGACAGCUGUGAAAUUGUAAACUGGAACUACACAAUUUUGGCAGCAUUAUCAUAUGAAGAAGCUCUGAAUUACAUUAGCAAUGUUAAUUAUCCUGGACAAUAUGAGUGCGACAGCUGGUCCUAUGAAGGGAAUGGUAUUGUUUCAGAGUGGGACCUGGUAUGCAGUCGCACUCCUCUCAAAUCCACAGUACAGAUGACUGUCUCUCUUGGGAAAUUUCUCGGAGCCUUGGUCUUUGGUUUUGUGGCUGACAAGUGGGGUCGUAAGAGAAGCUUUGCAAUAUCCUGCAUCUUAUACAUCAUAGCUGGCCCGGUGGCGGCAUUUGCACCACACUACCUUGUCUUCUGUUUUGCCCGUCUUGCUCUUGGCAUGGCUGGUUCAGGAACAUUCAAUUGUGGUUUCACUCUCUUAACAGAGUUCAUCACAAAGAAGCACCGAACAUUGCUUGGCAUUCUGUACAACAUGCCAUAUCCCUUGGGAAUGAUGUUGUUACCUCUGAUUGCUCUCUACAUUGAGAAUUGGCGUAUGCUGCAGCUGGCACUCUCUGUUCCUACUGUGAUCCUCAUUUUCCACAUUUGGUUUCUACCAGAGUCUCCGAGAUGGCUUAUAUCUCAAGACCGGCGUGAAGAAGCAUGGAAAAUUGUAAAAAGAUUUAGUAAGAAAUCAGAAAUGAUGAGACUCCUAACACUUGGAGCGCAGAGUAAUCCUGUGGAAAAAUCAGAUGCUCCUGAGAAGUCGCCAGUUCCUGCAGCUGCUAAUACUAACACAACCAACUCUACCACAGACAAAAGUACUGAGCAUGUUCUGUGGUACAAACGUACCAUUACUGCUUUAAAGAAGUUAUUUGCAAUCUUUGCCAACAGCGAACUAAGGAAGCGACUUCUCAUCUGUUACUUUGCAUGGUGUGUCACAGCCAUGACAUAUUAUUCUCUUGCACUCAAUGCUGAUAAUUUCACAGCUGACAGAUAUUUAUAUGUGGCAGUUGCUGGAGGAGUAGAAGCUGUGAGUUAUAUUCUUCCUAUCCCGAUGAUGCGGUGGACAGGCCGACGAACAACAUCUGUUCUGCUGUAUAUCAUAUCUGGGGCAGCUCUCCUGUCUAUUCUCGCCAUCCCAGAAGAUAUGACCGAUACCAUCAUGAGUGUGGCUAUGAUAGGACGACUCUGCAUUGGAGCUGUGUACUCUGUUAUCAUUCUGCAGACCUCAGAACUCUUUCCCACUGUCAACAGAAACACAGCUGUUGGAACUAGCUCUACAAUGUCCCAUCUUGGCUCACUUUCAGCUCCUUAUAUUGUUGACCUUCUCGGUGCGCAAGCCUGGUAUAUACCUAGCACAAUCUGUGGUGCAGCAGUACUCAUUGCAGGACUUCUAGUCCUUAUGUUACCAGAGACCAAAGAUAAAGAAAUUUGUGAUACCGUUGAGGAAAUAAUGGAAAGAAGUUCCAGAGACAAAGUUUCUUUACGGAAUUGUUGGCCAUUUUGAUUAGUGUUUUUAUUAUAUGACAGUAUUUUAUAUGCUACUAUGAAAGACUGACAAAAAAGUAUGCUCUACUUUUAAUGUUGUUUAAUUCUGUAGUUUUAGAGUUAUUCAAAUAGUAAUUUUUCAGAAUUGAUAUUAGCAUGGUAUUUCAAAUGUAUUAUUGUUGCUCCAGAAGUGGAGCAUUUUAAGUAUUUCUGUCACAAAUUGUAUUCAGCACAAAGAUGUCAGUUGAUGCAGAAUUAUGUGUAGGUAAUGGAGAGACAUCAAUAUAAAAUCAUUUUAUCUUUUUAGGUUUAAAUUGCUCAAGUAUGUAAUUAAAUCCCUUCUCUAUUGAUAUUUUUUGAAUACAAAUUAUUGUGUUUGAAUACAAAUCACACUGGCAAUCUGUAACUGUAAUUAAAACUUUUAAAUUGUUUUGUAAUAGAGAA